CUCAGAAGCGCUGCGCUAUACGAAGUACAAUACUCGCAAUUGACCUACCAUUCCCCUCUACACCCUCCUUCACGCCUUCACACCUCCCGCCUCCCCAAAAUGGCCACUCCCCAGCCCUCAACCUCGGACUCCGAAUUCCCCUACACCCUCACAAUCGACCUCCCCCUCCCAACGAACCGCCUUGCCUCCUCCGCCCUCCGCACCCUCGAAGUCGACACCGAGCUCUCGCCCUUCGUCCGACGGAGCUUCGCGCUCACAACCCCCAACAAAGCGGCGACCUCGGACGAGGAAGCCAAAACGGUGCUGGAGACGAUCUACCGCGCGACGACGAAUCGGAUGCUGCGCGUCGCGGUGAACGGAUUCAUGGAGAGUCUGGGGGUGAUUCUAGGGGUGAUGGAGGAAUUGGACGUGGAUGUGUUGGAGAUGGAGGAGGAUGAGGAUGAGAAAUGAAUGAAGUUUUACUUUCCGGUUUUCAAGCAAUGAAAUGAUACCCAAGUUCCGACAGGGGGAGGAAUACUGCGACGCAAGCGAGCAAGCAAGGAAGCGAGCGAGCGAGCGAGCGAAAACAAUGUUUACGAAGUGCAGAGAGUAUCUAGUAGAUACUACGGUCUAUAAUUUGCGGAGAGGAGGUAUCGCGGGCUGGGCAAUAAUGUCCUUCGCGAUGAAAUUAUUGCAUUGGAAUUGGCUGGACUAGACUGGACUGGAUUGGGUUGUCUGACUCUGCGAUCAGUUCGAUCGCGGGCGGCUGUGGGUGGUUCUGAUCACGGAUCAGGCCCGAUCGGAUGAGGCAGACGGAUGGAGCCCGGAAUCCGGAUGUUCGUCGUGGGAGAAGGCGAGCCGCUUGUCUGGA